GUGUGUGAGAGAGAAAGAAAAUGGCGCCGCCGAAAGCUCCGCCUCCUCCUCCUCGCGAGCUAGAGUCGUUGAUGGGGCUGACUUCUCGCGAGCCCGGGAAGUUUGGCCGCUAGCUCGCUUUGGCGCUUAAAACAAAAGGGGCAUUCAUGAUUUCCCCUCGCUGUUACCUCAAAGAAAAUGACUACAUCAAGUCUUGCAGUUAAAGUGGAAACUUGGCUUUCAUCAACAUGGCAUGUAAAAGUUCCAGCACCAUGGCUAGAAGCUUGCAUUGCCUGGAUUCAGCAAGAAAAUGGCAGUAGCAGUUUGACACAGGCUCAUAUUAACAAACAGGUUUUUGAGCAAUGGCUUCUUACAGAUCUCCGAGAUCUUGAAUAUCCUCUUCUGCCUGACUGCAUUUUAAAUGCUCCAAAAGGAGAGUUACAUGGAUUUUAUUCCAUACAGAUUGAUUCAUUUGUUGAUGUUAGUCAGCCUGCCUAUUCCCAGUUGCAAAAGAUAAGAGGGAAAAAUACUUUAAAUGAGGAAAUAACAGCCAAUACACAGGGAACCCAGAAGUCUUGGGAAGCCAAACCAACUCGAAUGCUGAUGCUGCAGCUGACAGAUGGCAUACAUCACAUUCAAGGUAUGGAGUACCACCCUGUUCCUGUUCUCCAUAGCAGUCUCCCUCCGGGUACCAAAGUUAUGAUACAAGGGAAAGUUGCAUAUCGUUUGGGAGUUCUUUUGCUUAAACCAGAAAAUGUGAGAUUAUUAGGGGGAGAAGUGGAUAGCCUUGUAGAAGAGAAUGCUGAGGAAAGAGUUCUUGCCAGACUAAUUGGAGAAGAGGACAAUCCUAACCCUGUCAGGUUAAAUAUUAAUGAGACUGAGAUUUCAAGACCUCUUGAUACAAUAGGCGAAGUUCUAGGACCUUCUGAUGAAGAACUUCUGGCAAGUCUUGAGGAAAACCAUGAAAUAAUAAUAAAUGAGUUCCCUCUUGAAAAUGGAUAUUGCAGCAGAAGUACACGCAUACAUUCUACCACACCUCUUCCUCCCAGUAAUGGAAGCUGCUUGCAACAAAGCUCUGCAAUCUCCGUUGCAGGAAAUGAAGAACUAUAUAUUCCAGUUUUGGAAUACACAGAAGGAGAUUUCGAUGAAUUUCCAUUGGAUGAUGAUUUACUUUUAGAAGUAGAGAUCCAACAAGAACAGACACAGAUUCCGAUCAGAAGUGCUGCCAUAAAUAAUCAUCUUAUCGGAGAAGAAAACUCUGUUAAAAGACAGGUGUGCAGUACAUCUGAACAUAGCACAGGAGAUUUCUUUGCAAAACGUAAUGUGCAGAAUACCCAGGACUUUGACCAUUUAGGAAAUAAACUUUCACAAGAGAGAAGUAGUAAAAUAGAUAGAAGCAAUGAAAAGUCUUCUAAUAUCUUUAAUGCAGAACUUAGCCAAUGUUCUGACCACAGUCAAACCUGUAAGAUAAAGAAUAAGUGUCACAAAGUUGGUUUAGAAACCCUUCCUUUUACGUAUCUCUCUGUUUUAUUAAAUAACAAACCCAGUAUUAUUUCUGUUGUGAAAGUUAAAGCAUUUAUAGUAACUCUUAUAGGAAAUCUCACAAACAGCAAUGGCUUCUGGAAUAUAACAGCAAAAAUAUCUGAUGGCACGGCUUAUUUAGAAGUUGAUUUUGCUGAUGAAAUUCUAACAAGUUUGAUUGGGUUUUCGGUGCCUGAAAUGAAACAAAUGAAGAAAGAUCCUGCCCUACACUCAAAGCUUAGGGAGGGUUUACAGAAUUGCCAGAGAGAACUGAUAGAUCUCUGUUGUUUAAUGACGAUUGAAUUCAACCCCUAUCAGACAAAAGCAAUAGUAAUAGUUUUACAAGACAUUAAUGUCAAUGAUUUGAAUACUUUAAAAAGGCGCCUAAAUACUUGUAGCAUUUAAGUGAAAACUUCAGAAUUGGUGUCUGGUCAUGAGGCCAGGUGCCUUUUUGCUGCUGUUUGAAUUCAGAAAACAUUGAAGGGGAAAGGAAAAACUUUCUUUUGAUAUUGGAACAUUUUUCUCCAUCAGUUUUCCUAUACAUAGGAUACUUGUCUAUUUUAGCCAAACAAAAAAAAAACUUCAUCAAAUAUUGGGAAUACAAGGUUUCAGAAAUGUGAAAAUCCAGCUUGAAGGAUCUCAGUAUGAAAACUUUCCAUCCUUUAUAGAAUUAUUGAAAGUAAAGGAAUGUGUGGACAGUUGAAAUGAACAAGUCAGAGUUAUUCAAUCUGUGGUAUAUUUUUCUUCCAUUUUUAAGAUAUUUGUGCAUUUGUAACCUAUUCAUUGUGAAAUGAAAUAAAUAAAAUUGUUCAUAAACCUUUA